GGGCUCAAAUAAUAAUAAUACAACAAUGGAAACGCUGCUUUACGUUCUCUCUCUCUAGACUCUGCUUCUCUGCAACGUUUCAACGCCGUCGUUUUGGAACUCCUCGCUUCUCUUCUCCGUUACGUUUUUCAAAAAGCAGAAAAUUAUUAACGCCGAAAUUUGCGAUUUUUCAACCAAUUUUCCUGCAUCGAAUCAAAUUGGGGCGUAACAGAAAUCGGAUCUCAGGAAAAAACACUUUUGCGUAUAAAUAAAUAGAAGUGUAGGGGGCCUUGUUCUUGAUACUGUUUGGAAUUUGUUGAAUGGCGGAGAAAUCAUGCGUCAAGCGCCUUCAGAAGGAAUAUAGAGCCCUUUGUAAAGAGCCAGUUUCUCAUAUUGUGGCUCGUCCUUCACCAAGUGAUAUUCUUGAGUGGCAUUAUGUGUUGGAGGGAAGCGAAGGAACACCCUUUGCAGGUGGAUAUUACUAUGGAAAAAUCAAGUUUCCUGCUGAAUAUCCAUAUAAACCUCCUGGAAUCAGCAUGAUUACUCCUAAUGGACGGUUCAUGACACAGAAAAAGAUCUGUUUGUCUAUGAGUGAUUUUCAUCCAGAAAGUUGGAAUCCUAUGUGGUCUGUUUCAAGCAUACUUACGGGGCUUCUUUCAUUUAUGAUGGACAACAGUCCAACCACUGGCAGUGUAAACACCUCUACUGCUGAGAAGCAGCGUCUAGCAAAAUCUUCUCUUUCUUUCAAUUGUAAGAACGCAACAUUCAGGAAAAUGUUCCCUGAGUAUGUGGAGAAGUACAACCAGCAGCAGCUUUCUGAGCAAGUUGCUUCUGAGCGGGUGUCAUCAGAGAUGUCCCAUGACAAAAGUUCAAAGCCUGUUUUGGACAAGAAUUUAGAUUCUACAAGAGCAGACAUGCAAAGAGUAGGUGAGUUGAAGGAUGUUAGAAAAAACAAGAAGCAACCAUUUCCAACAUGGGUGAUGUUAUUACUCAUCUCCAUCUUUGGGGUUGUAAUGACAUUACCUCUGCUCCAGCUGUGAUGAUAGACAACGAAAUCUUUAUAGGUAUAAGGGUCCACAAAAGGGUUCUCCUGGAACUGGUUCUUUAUGUUCUGCUUAGUUUUUGUCAUGUCUAACAGGAUUUGUAUAGACAAAUGGUGAACAUGGAGGCUGCGUUAAAUCUCUGGGAUGAUUUUACUCCUUUUGUGUCUAUGUUGUCAGCUUCUUGGUUGUGAAUGCUAAGUUACAUGCUUGAUACUUAGUGAUGUUCCUCUAAAUAUGUUUUUAGACUUCUGGUAGUGUGUGUUGGUAAAUACACUACAUAUGCUGCUUGGAUAUGGUCUCCAUUCUACAUAAUGGGUAAAUUUUAUUU